UUGGGGGAGGUGGCGGGGGUUGCUGCUGAGGGGAGGUGGAGCGGGAUUGCGAGCGGCCGGGUGUGAAGCGGCGACGACGACUACUACCAACACCGCCAGCGGCGGGAAGAAGCUACCGCCACUAUGGCCGUGUCGGAGAGUCAGCUGAAGAAAAUGCUGAGCAAGUACAAAUAUAGAGAUUUGACAGUUCAGGAAACUAUCAGCGUUAUUGCCCAGUAUAAAGAUCUUAAACCUGUAAUGGAUGGCUAUGUUUUUAAUGAUGGUUCAUCAAGAGAAUUGAUGAGCCUUACUGGUACUAUUCCUGUAAGUUACAGAGGCAACACCUACAAUAUUCCAAUAUGUCUGUGGCUACUGGAUACAUAUCCAUUCAAUCCCCCAAUCUGUUUUGUUAAGCCAACUAGUACAAUGACAAUUAAAACUGGCAAACAUGUUGAUGCAAAUGGAAAGAUUUAUCUUCCAUAUCUUCAUGAAUGGAAACAUCCACAGUCAGAUUUGAUAGGAUUGAUUCAAGUUAUGAUCGUUGUGUUUGGAGAGGAACCUCCAGUAUUUUCGCGGCCUACUAUUUCAGCAGCCUAUCCACCUUAUCAAGCAACAGGACCACCAAACACUUCCUACAUGCCAGGUAUGCCAAGUGGAAUAUCUCCUUUUCCCCCCGGACCGCCUCCUAACCCAAGUGGCUACCCAAGCUAUCCUUAUCCUCCACCUGCUGGACCAUUUCCAGCAACAACUAGCACACAGCACUAUCCUUCUCAGCCUCCUGUAACCACUGUAGCAGAUGGCAGAAGAAAGCAGAAACAGGUAUGGAUUUGUGGUCAUUCUUAUGUUUUCUGGGCAGAAAAACGAGCACUUGAAAGAAGCUUUGGCCCACAGUUGGGCAUUCGACUUGAAGAUGGCAAAUUACACUGGCUAGGAAAGAGUGGAAUGACAUGGGAUCAGUUAAUACCAACACUAUUGCAUACACGACGACGUUUGCCAGAUCCUGAUGUGCUGGUGAUCCAUCUAGGAGGAAAUGAUCUAGGAACAGAUAGCAAUAUGACUCUCAUACACCGAAUGAAGAAAGAUUUAGGAUAUCUUAAGCAAAUAUUCAAGAAUAGCAUUCUGGUGUGGUCUGAUAUUGUGCCCCGUAAAGUAUGGAACCAAGAACUGCCCGCUUUCUUGAUGGAGAAAAGCAGGAGAAAGGUCAACCAAGCAAUUGGCCGUUUUAUCUAUGAUAUUGGAGGAACUGUGAUCAGACACGAUACACUUGUACUACAGUCUCCUGGAUUGUUCCAUCUAAAUGGCGUUCUCUUGUCUGAAAGUGGCACAGACAUCUUCAACCUGGACUUAAUGGGUGUUUUGGAGACUUUGGUUUGAAUUUUGCUUUGGAGGAAGAAUGUAUGAUGAGAGUGCAGUUUUAACAAGUAUGGAAACUUUCCAAUAAAGUUAGAACUUUGUACACAGCAUGGCAAAAAUCAAUUAACAAGGUAGGGGUAAUGCCCUGUUUAUAUGGUAAUAGAUAUUGAUUGGUAAUGUGGUAGUCUUUUGCACUGCUCUAAGUUGCUUCAAAGACAAUAUUUGUCCAUAUAUUGUAACUGUAUUGGAAGUUUUUGUUUUGUUUGUUGCUGUUUUUUAAUUGAUUUAUAUUCAUUUCUGAUGUUUGCUUAGAGACACUGCCAAACAAUUUAAUUCCUUGACUGAUUUUUAAUCCCUAAAGUGCUCAGGAAAUACACCAUGAUAUUAACAUAAUGGGUUUAUAUCGGUAGGAUGGGACUACUGGUGGUUAUUGGGUGCCAUCAGAAUCGGUACUUAAUAUUGCAGUUUUAAAUUCAGCAGCCUGUAACUUUAAAAGAAACAAGGCUAAUUUAAAUCCAUAAACAAAUAAUCUGAGACUCUAGUUUUCCUUUGCCACACAUGGCUGGAAAUAUAUCACAGGUGUCAACACCUUUAGCACUGGUGUGAUUUUCUGUAACCUACCAUAUAUUGAGUGGCUCAAUAUAUAUAACGUGGCUGGCUUAAUGAUCUUUAUUUUAAGCAAAAAAAAUGUGCCUAUACCUUCCACUCCUGCUCAUCACCUUUUCUUUUCUGCCAGUUUUAUUCCUGAUCUUUCUAGACUGGGUAUGGACGAAGUGUGGCCUAUAAGGCACAUGCCCCUUUGCAGGCCAGUGUGUAGCACCAGUAUCUCUGCUUUCCAGGCCCCCAACAUUUAUUGUACAAAAUCAUAUCAUAAAACAACCAAAAACUCAGUAAGGGUGGAAAAAGUGCAAAACUUCCUGGUGCUUCCUAGAGGGCUCCAGGUAACUUUUUGAACUAAUUUUUUUAGUGAGAGGGAUGUUGGAGCCAGGGAAGCUGCACUGUGAGGAUUUUUU